UAUGGCAGACAGAGACAGACGGCUCCCAUCUGAAGCCCAGCUCGGUUCAGCAGAGGUCACGCCAGUUCUCCUCUGAAGCUGCGGCUGGUGAACACACACACACACACACACACACACACACACACACACACACACUGUUCCCUGUCUGAGGAGAACAGCGUCCUCACUCAGGACAAGAUGAUUCUCUACAUCGUCCUCGGCAUUCUCACACUGACUCGGGGAAAGACGCUGCCGGGAUCGUGUCGUUUUCAGGAGACGACGUGUGACUACACACCAGACACAGCCUUCCUCAGCUGGAACUUCAACCCCAAUGAGCACUUCAUCACGGUGGAUGCGACCUCGUGGGGGGACGGGGACAAGGCGGUUCUGUUGGGUCCUGAUGUGGAGCUGCAGGAUUGGAGCUGUCUUCGGCUCAUCUAUCAGGUCACCGGUUCCGGCUCGCUCCAGGUUCUGUCUCGCUCCGAGGGAGAGAGUUUUGACCACACGCUGUGGAUGGCCGAUGGUCCCUCUGAGAGCUGGCUCAUCGCCACCAUCGACCUGCAGAACUCCACCGAGCCGUACAAGAUUGUGAUUGAGGCUGAAAGAGGCUCGGGUGAAGGCAGCAGUGUGUCCAUCUUUGAGGUCAACAUUUCAGAUAAAUAUUGCAUUGAGUGUGACUUCGAGGAAUCUCAGCUGUGUGGUUACGCCAGUCAGUGGAGCGGAAACGUCAACUGGUACGUGGGGAGAGGAGCUCCGGGCAGACCUGCACUCAGUGACGGGGCAGAUACACCAGGUCACUACAUGUACGUGGACUCGAUCCACUCCAGGACCCUGAGGGAGGUGGCCACGCUGGUGUCGCCCAUCACGUCCGCGACCAUGUCGGGGUGUCUGAGUUUUCAGUACCAGCAGGACCACGCCAAGGGUCACAUGUUCUCUGUGUACAGCAGGGACCGGGCGGGGCAGUACAGGGAGCUGUGGACAGCAGACCCGUCUGAAAACAACCACGUGGAGCGGGAAGCCAAAACCCAAGUGUGGAUUCCCGUCCUGGUGCCCCUGAGCGCCCCCUACCCCAUACAGGUGGUAUUUGAAGUGUCUUUUAACAGUCCUAAAGGAGGCCGCGUGCUGCUGGACGACGUUGCGUUCUCCCCGGAGUGGUGCGCUGCAGGAGCAGAGCCGGUGUUCGACCCUUCGGUGGCCGACUGUGACUUUGAACUGGGGUUUUGUCGCUACACACAGAACAUGACAGAGAGUGAAAUGUGGAGGAGAGUGUCAGUGCGGCCCAACAUGUACCGCGAGGGAGACCACACGACCGGGAGAGGUUCCUUCCUGUUGGCGAGUUCCCGCUACACCAUGCACACCGGCUCCAUCAGCCGACUCUUCGGACCGUCUCUGCCCGGGAACCAGAAGUUCUGCCUGAAGUUCUUCUACUCUCUUAGAGGUUUCAGUAAAUCUGAAACAUUAGCGGUGUAUCUGUAUAACAGCACCGCGCAGAGACACACCCGGGUCUGGACUCCGACUGACAGGACCAGAGACGUGUGGAUCCGUGCGGAGCUCAGUCUGCAGGCUCAGAACGGCACCCAGGUGAUGUUCACGAGUGCGUGUAGAAGUUUUUGGAGCUGCGGUUCUGCUGCUCUUGAUGACAUCAGCCUCCGUCUCGGGGACUGUGAGCUACCGUUAGGUUCCCCUCUGUCAGAUCCGUCACACUGUGACUUUGAGAACGGACUUUGUGGAUUCACUCAGGAAAAGAAGCGAGACACCACGGACUGGGUUCGGCUCAGAGGACCAACACCGACCUCCUACACUGGACCUGCAGGAGACCACACCACUGGAAUGGGUCAUUAUUUGUACAUCGAAGCAUCCCUGAUGCUGCCAGGUCAAAGUGCCCGCCUCCUGUCCCGCCCCCUGCGUGGUUCCAGGGCAGCUCAGUGCCUGCUCUUCUUCUACCACAUGUAUGGUUCUGGAACGGGUUCUCUGAGAGUUCUUCUGCGCUCGGUGCUGGAGACUGGAGACGUGGUGCUGUGGGAGAGGACUGGACCCCAGGGUGUCUCCUGGAUGAGAGCGUCAGUGAGCUAUCAGUCUGACCUUCAGCACCAGAUUGUAUUUGAAGCCACCCGAGGGCCGUCUAUACUGAGUGACACUGCCGUUGAUGAUAUUACAUUUCAGAAGGGACCCUGCAAAGAUGGGGGUCAAUGACUUCACCUUUAACCUUUCAGUUAGUCCGAUCUGAUUGAAAUGAAACUCAAAAGGAAAGAAAUAAACAUGUACGGAAUGUCUGAAGAAUUCAUAAACACCUGGGAAACUUUAAUAUUUACAAACCAGCUUUAUUACAUUUAACCUACGCGCUAAGGUACUUUCUACUAAAGCAAUAUUGCAAUAGUAAGACUGGGCGGACAUCAUGCAGUGUAUCCGUUUGGUCUCCGGUGUGUGUCUUCCCCCUGCAGUCCUGCACAGUAACACCUUUCAGCCUUACACACAAAUCUACUUUCUUUUCAUUUUUUUAAUA